CGCCAUUUUGAUUCCACAGAGACAAAAGAGAGGAAGGUGCCGAGAAUCCGGAAGGAGGUUUUAUCGGAGAAGCCUUAAACGGGUAAGCUGCAGAAAGGACACUCUGCCCCCUCUAAUGUGCAGUAAGGAUGAGCCCAGCCUUUGGAGCCAUGGAAGUGGAGCAUUAUGCAAAGGGAGUUUUACUCGAACCUUUUUUACACCAGGUUGGAGGACACUCCUGUGUCCUUCGCUUUAAUGACAAGACCAUCUGUAAGCCGCUCAUUCAAAGGGAGCAUCUGUUCUAUGAAACACUCCCUACGGAGAUUCGGAAAUUUACACCUCAGUAUAAAGGUGUGGUGUCCGUGAGCUUUGAAGAAGACGAGGACGGGAAUUUAUGUCUAAUAGCCUAUCCCUUAAACGGGGACCAAGACAACUUGGAAAAUGUAGACUAUUCCGAUUGCGUCGAGACAAAAAAUAAAUAUCUCAGGUGGACUAACAAGAAAGCUCUCAUGUUGGAAAAUGAUAACAUAACCAAGGAGAGAGUUCGACAGCACAGAAAAGAGGAGAAAAUGAAAAGUCACAAACUAGAUGAAGAAUUUGAAUGGUUAAAGAAGUCUGAAGUCUUAUACUACAGUGUGGAGAAAAAAGGGAAUGUUGGUUCACAGUUUAAGCACAACCCUUGGAGCAUGAAAUGCCACCAACAGCAGCUCCAACGCAUGAAAGAAAAUGCCAAACACAGAAACCAAUAUAAAUUCAUUCUUUUGGAAAAUCUGACCUGCCGAUAUCAGGUACCGUGUGUCUUAGACCUGAAGAUGGGAACUCGACAACAUGGCGACGAUGCAACCGAGGAAAAGAAGGCCAAUCAAAUUCGGAAGUGUCAGCAGAGCACGUCGGCAAUUAUCGGGGUCCGGGUGUGUGGAAUGCAGGUCUAUCAGACUGGUACUGGGCAGCUUAUGUUCAUGAACAAGUACCACGGCCGGAAACUUUCAGUCCAGGGUUUUAAAGAAGCACUUUACCAGUUUUUUCACAACGGGAGAAACCUGCGACGGGAACUGUUUGAACCUGUAAUCAAAAAACUGACUGAACUUAAAAUAGUUUUAGAAAAACAGGAGUCUUACCGAUUCUAUUCCAGUUCGCUUCUUAUUAUUUAUGAUGGGAAAGAGGUACCGGAAGUUCCCAUGGACUCAGACCCCGAGGACUUGGACGAUUUAUCAGAGGAGUCGUCAGACGAAUCAGCGGGAGCGUACGCUUACAAACCUUCGCCCAAUAAGACCACCGCUAGCACUGUCGACGUCCGGAUGAUAGAUUUUGCACACACGACCUGCAAGUUUUACGGGGAAGACAGCAUUGUGCACGAAGGCCAGGACACCGGCUAUAUUUUUGGACUUCAGAAUUUAAUAGCAAUUAUUAAAGAAAUUAGAGAUGAACGUAGUGAAUAAAGGUCAUGCAAAUUAGGUUGUAUGAAGCACUCUAUUGACUGUUUAUAUUCCGAAAUGAUGACCACGUAGUGGUAAUAGAAGUCAUUACAGGAUCAGGUGGGCUUACCCCAUCAUAUAAAGACUUGGUUUAAAAACAAAAAAAAAAAGAAAACGGGCAUUUUCUUACAGCUGUGCUGGAAAUGGCACUGAUUAAUAUUGUAAAAUUUAUUUAUUUGAAAUAUUUCUAAGACAUUCCAUAUUUGAUGAUUCAAAUACCUCUGUUACAUCUGUGUGUAUGUGUUCCAAUAAAAUUCCUUUAUUUUUUUCAUAUUUUUUUUUUUCCCGUUUGUCAUACGCGGUGCAGUUCGUAUCCGUGGUAACACGAUAAACUGUAUUCUACGUGCGUUUGCCUGAAAAGUGUAGCCUCGUCUUCGCCUGAGUUAUAAUAUUUAUGACACAAUGUAUACAAUUGUGUAUAAAAAAGGAAAAAAAAAUGACAUGUAAGUUUUAUGUUCUACAGGAAAGUUAUGCUUUAUGUAGCAAUUUAAUUACGUUGUACUUAGCUGCACAUAAUAUGUUCUAUUUGUUUUGCCCGGAACAUCAUGGAAUGGUUUCAUGAACACGUGCCUUCUAGCAGAAAGAAAUCAUGAAUGCCAAAUGUUCAGCCAUAGCAUUAUGAUAACGGUUAAAUGAAGCUGUCCGUUGAAACGGGAACUGAAAGUUCACUAGAACUGUGUGGGAACUCAUUUGCACAUGUUUGCUUUUUUUAAAGAUAUCAUUUAACCAAAUAUUUCUAUUUUGUGAUGAGAUUCUGUGUUGAGGAACGGGAAAUUUGAACCAAGAACUCGUUUCAUUGCAAUGUUUAUGGGGUACUUUUCAUUGAAGCAAGCGGAAUACAAACAAUGCAACCUGUUUUUGUCGAAACCAGAUGUCAUGGAUAGUAAUGAGUUAAUGCAGACUUGUUCAUGUAUUGGGAAUGGGGAUUGCCUCGCUCCCAAUCAUUUGUUUAUGGGUUUUCUUGGCCGCCUGCUGGUUUUUCAUAAAAGAUGGAUUUUCAGGGAGACUUUCAUCAUGUCUUUUAGAAAAGCUGCAUUUCUGUUACUACUAGAUGUUAAUAUAGGUUUGCACAUUUAGAAGCAAUAUUUGGGGCGAAUGAUCCUUCACCAUCUAAUGCACAGUUAAUGACAUCAUAAUAGGUAUUUAAAGUACAAUUUCCGUCGAUGUUAGCCCAUUGGUUCUUUACCAACUUCAACAAACCAUCCUUGUAUUCAGUUGAUGAGCAAUGGAUAAAUCUGUGUUCCUUUGGUAGUAAAUAAAAACAUCUUCUAUGAAUUGUAA